AAUUAAAACCAACCCUAAGCUCUUUUUAUCUCUGCUCUAAAGGUAGCCCCAAUUACUGCUAACUUAAGCAUCAGAGUGUCUACCCCGAGUUUCACCUCGGGGCUUUGCAGGUCAUCCCGGAGUGCAGACGUAGAUUAAAGAAGGACUUCUGGUUUGGUGCAAUUACACACCUCUAAAGAAUCUAUGACCUUUACUGACCCAAUCAAUUGCAGACUUUAGGAAUUGCUUAUCUUCCAACUACCACAAUCUUUGAGUGGGAUUUUGCCAUCGAUCCUUCUUUCUUCAUUAUUGUCAACGACUACAAACUUUUCCACUGCUUGGACAUGGCUGAACACUACAUCAUCAUCAUCGUUCUUACUAUCUGAAGAAGUAUCGCGCCGGAAGCUGGAGAUGUUGCCGGAAAAACCAUCAUCCAAAGACUCAUUUGAUGACCACUACCCCGAAUCGACCCCUAUAGGAUGGGAGGAUGAAAUCCACGUGUUUUGCUCUUCCUCAUCUUCUUCUUCUUCCCGACUCUUCCCCCCGAAGCUCCCCUUAAGCCACCGACUUCUUCCUCCUUUGAAAACCAGUAGAAGACUUGAAAUUUCUUCUUUCCUUCUUGUUCAAGAAUUGAUUUGGGGCUUAGAAUCUUCCCUCUCAACCUAGAAAUCCCGGAUCUGCUCUGCUUCUUCCUCCCUUGUCCGUCGGGUUCUGCUGGGUUUGAAUCCUUCGGCUUUUUCUGGUAAGAUUUAGCCAUGAAUUCAUCUCUUUAGCUUUGAAUUUGGCUUGGGUUUACCUUGAAUUGUGUUUUGGUUUUUGGAUUGGGUAGCCGCGAGUUCCCCUGCAGAAUUUCUUCUUCUCUGCCGCCGGCUUCUCCCCCCUGCUAGGCUCGGUUUUGCUUGUUAAAUUCUGGUAUGUGACAGCCCUCCAACCCCGAAUUUGUCCGUUGAUUUGCUGCCUUGAAUCUUGAAUUUUCUGCCUUUGAUUUGCCCUUGUACUGUUCGGGAAUUUCUGUUGAAAUUGGGAAUGAAUUUUGGUAGCUUUAAGCUAUGUUUUUAAGUGUGGUUUAAGUAGAAAAUUAGCUUGAGUUGGCCUGUAGUGAUUUUUGGAGAAAACCCGUGAGAUUAUUUUGGAGGAUUGCAGUUACUGUUCACGUCGUGGAUACUGUUCACGGGUACUGUUCAUAGGCACUGUUCACACAUCGAGGGUCAAUAAUUAACGGGGAUUUAAAUGAUUAGUUUGUGAUAUAAGAAUGAAUGUGGAGAUGUCCGGUUAUGUGAAGAUUGAUAGAAAUAGCACCGUGAUUAGGGGUAGUCCCGAUGAUGAUUUUACUUUGAAUUUGUGGUAGCGCGGUAUUAAUUGUGGAAUAUUGUGAUUAGGUUUUGAUCGUUCUGUCACCGUAGCACUUGGGUUAGCCUUCUGUUCUGUGCGAGUAAGGUAAGUAAAUCAUGGUAAAGCCCUUCGAUUUUAAAGCAUGUUUUAAACUGUUUUUGAGAUGGUGGCAAGGUUUAAAUUGAUUUUAAAUUGAUUUUAUCAGCAUCUGAGGGUGAUUAAACUGAAAUGAGAAUUUGGAUGAUUUUCAUGAGAAUUUCCUUGUUUUUUUCUGAAAUUGAGCAUGAUUGGAAUGAAAAUAAGGAUUUUAUUGAUUU